CUCCGGGCGGGUGGCUUGUUGAUAAUAUGGCGGCAGGAGCUGCCUGGGCUUCUCGAGGAGGCGGUGGGGCCCACACCCGGAAGAAGGGUUUCUUUUCAGGCUAGUGCGGCGGCCGCUGCGGACCCGGAAGUCCGGGCCGGUUGCUGAAUGAGGGGAGCCGGGCCCUCCCCGCGACAGUCCCCCCGCGCCCUCCGCCCCGACCCGGGCCCCGCCAUGUCCUUCUUCCGGCGGAAAGUGAAAGGCAAAGAACAAGAGAAGACCUCAGAUGUCAAGUCAAUUAAAGCUUCAAUAUCUGAACAUUCCCCACAAAAAAGCACUAAAAAUCAUGCCUUGCUGGAGGCGGCAGGACCAAGUCAUGUUGCAAUCAAUGCCAUUUCUGCCAACAUGGACUCCUUUUCAAGUAGCAGGACAGCAACACUUAAGAAGCAGCCAAGCCACAUGGAGGCUGCUCAUUUUGGUGACCUGGGCAGAUCUUGUCUGGACUACCAGACUCAAGAGACCAAAUCAAGUCUUUCAAAGACCCUUGAACAAGUCUUGCGCGACACUGUUGUCCUCCCUUAUUUCAUUCAAUUCAUGGAACUUCGGAGAAUGGAGCAUUUGGUUAAAUUUUGGUUAGAAGCUGAAAGUUUUCACUCUACAACUUGGUCCCGAAUAAGAGCACACAGUCUGAACACCGUGAAGCAGAGCUCAUUGGCUGAGCCUGUCUCUCCAUCUAUAAAGCAUGAAACUGCAACAUCUUUUGUAACUGAGUCUCUUGACAAGAGAUUGGAGGAUUCUAGCCCAGCCCAAUUGCUUAUGACCCAAUCCGAAGGAAUUGACCUGAACAAUAGAACUAGCAACGUUCAGAAUCACUUGCUGCUUUCCCGGGAAUGUGACCAUGCCCAUUCUCUCCAUCUUGAAAUGGCCAGAACAGGAACACAUCAAGUUUCCAUGGAAACCCAAGACUCCUCCUCCAGACUUCUAGUAGCCAGUAGAAAUAGUCCCUCUUCACCACUAAAGGAAUUAUCAGGAAAAUUAAUGAAAAGUAUAGAACAAGAUGCAGUGAAUACUUUUACCAAAUACAUAUCUCCAGAUGCUGCUAAACCAAUACCAAUUACAGAAGCAAUGAGAAAUGACAUCAUAGCAAAGAUUUGUGGAGAAGAUGGACAGGUGGAUCCCAACUGUUUUGUUCUGGCACAGUCCAUAGUCUUUAGUGCCAUGGAGCAAGAGCACUUUAGUGAGUUUCUGCGAAGUCACCAUUUCUGUAAAUACCAGAUUGAAGUGCUGACCAGUGGAACUGUUUACCUGGCUGACAUUCUCUUCUGUGAGUCAGCCCUCUUUUAUUUCUCUGAGUACAUGGAAAAAGAGGAUGCAGUGAAUAUCUUACAGUUCUGGUUGGCAGCAGAUAACUUCCAGUCGCAACUUGCUGCCAAAAAGGGCCAGUAUGAUGGACAGGAGGCACAGAACGAUGCCAUGAUUUUGUAUGACAAGUACUUCUCCCUCCAAGCCACGCAUCCUCUUGGAUUUGAUGAUGUUGUGAGAUUAGAAAUUGAAUCCAAUAUCUGCAGGGAAGGUGGGCCACUCCCUAACUGUUUCACAACUCCAUUACGUCAGGCCUGGACGACCAUGGAGAAGGUCUUUUUGCCUGGCUUCUUGUCCAGCAAUCUUUAUUAUAAGUAUUUGAAUGAUCUCAUCCAUUCGGUUCGAGGAGAUGAAUUUCUGGGAGGAAAUGUUUCACUGACUGCUCAUUGCUCUGUUGGCCCUCCUGAUGACUCUCACCCAGGUGGUUCCGACAGCUCGGCUGCUCAGUCCAGUAUGAAAAAAACCAGUGUUAAAAUUCUGAAAAAUUUUGAUGAAGCGAUAAUUGUGGAUGCUGCAAGUCUGGAUCCAGAAUCUUUGUAUCAGCGGACAUACGCAGGGAAGAUGACAUUUGGAAGAGUAAGUGACUUGGGGCAGUUCAUCCGAGAAUCUGAGCCUGAACCUGAUGUAAAGAAAUCAAAAGGAUUCAUGUUCUCACAAGCUAUGAAGAAAUGGGUGCAAGGAAAUACUGACGAGGCCCAAGAAGAGCUAGCUUGGAAGAUUGCUAAAAUGAUAGUCAGUGAUGUUAUGCAACAGGCACAAUAUGAUCAACCUUUAGAGAAGUCUACAAAGCUAUGACUCAAGACCUGAGAUAAAGGAAAUCUGCUUUUGAAAAAUAAGAGAACUUUUUUCCUUUGGUUGGAUUCUUCAACACAGCCAAUGAAAACAAAGCACUGUAUUUCUUUUCACUGAUAUAUCACUGUUGUUCCCAAGAAAGAAUGGCAGACAAUCCUAGACUUCCAUCAUAAGCAGAGUGACAUGCAUACAUAUUUGCUGCACAUGAUGCUCUCACAGUGAAAGUCAUAAAGAGACAAAGUGGUAUUGUUUACAUUACUAGAAAAUUAAUAGCUUUCCAAUGGCAAUAACCCAUUUAUGAAAGAGUUUUAGUCCACUGGAAUAGACAGGGACCACAUACUGUAGGAGGUAGAUGAGCGUAGAGCUGAUAUUUGAUGCACAUUCUGUAGUGGUGGCCCAGCCCUCCAAGUAUCCUAAAGCAGGUACCAGAAGUGCUUUGCUUUGGCCUCCUAAACACACAGGUGAGUCAGCCCCUCCGAGAGCCAGGCAGCUCCGAGCGGUGGUGCGGUGCUAGUGGGUUGUUCUCCUUCAGUAGAACGGGGCCAGGGCUCCCUGGCGGUCUUCCUUCACAGAGGCAUUAAUGUGGAAGGAAGCUAGCCGACAGGUCAAGUCUCCGUGACAUUGUCCUUCCCUUUGGUGACAGUAUGCAAUUUUCACGUUUUAAUUGCUCCUGAGAUGCAGUAUACUGAAAACCAUCUCCCCUGCUAAACAAAAAGAUGAGUCUCCUUUACAUUGAGCGUGAAGACUUGCUCUUCUGGAAUACUCUGCUCCAAGUUACUUAACUUUUCCUUCAGAAUACAUGUGGAAAAGAAGGAAGAGUAACAAUCACUCCAGUUUCCCCCUGUGAUAUCUUGGACAAAUGUCUAUACCUAGAUUGUAUGGGUUUUGUUUUGUUUUUUCUUUUUUUUCUUUUUUUUUUUUUUUAAGAUUGGCAAGCAAGGGUUGGGGUGGGAGGAGGCAGGAAAAAUACUCAGCCUUGACCGCCUCCCCUUUCUUUGCUGUGAGCUGGGAAGUGUGCAGCUGGUGGCCUUUUUUCGUUCUGUCUUCAGGAGAGUAGGAGACUCCCUCACUGCACUCCCACUCAGUCAGCUAGUGGGUGUGGACCUCGCUGCCAUCAGCAGGGCCACUCCACUGGCAAGCACACUCCACCGGCGAGGCGAGGCCAGUGCCUCUUCACUGCACAUGACUGAGGGAGAAGAACGUUCUCUUAGAUGUUACUGCUUUUGCUCAGACUUUGCAAAAAAAAAAAAAAAAAGAUCUAUAUAUAUAUAAAUAUAUAAUUAUUAAUCACCUCUGUCCUUGAGAAAGUCUUGAAUGAAUAGAGAAUUUAUUUCAUUGCAAUAUAUGAUUGUAUAGAGGGACACUGUUUCAUCGACAGAAGAAGCAAAAAGGCUGUGUAUUAGUUUUUGGUACUAUGUACCACCUCUGUUAUUCUUCUAAAGCGAAGUAUUCAUGUACUUAAACCAUAUUCUAUUUAAUUGUGUUUGAUUUUAAAAAUAUAUAUAUAUGAGAAUUAUAUUUAAAAUUGUGUCAACUUUCUGCUUUCAGGGCACUUACGGUCCUUCUACUGAAAUGUGUUGAUUCUUCCAAAUAUUUCCAUUUGCUUUACAAAAACCCAGACAUGAGCCACUCCUGGACUUAGCCUUGUGUUUGGAGUGUUCGGCAUAGACCUGAGGUUUUAUUAGGUGUAUUUGCUGUGAUUAACGCAUUUUGUUCUUUUAACAAAAUAUUUCCAUUCUUUCACUUUGCUUCAACCUUUAACAGAAAAGCAAUAUAAAGGUCAUAGAAUAAAAUGUGGUUUUGGGUGACUCUUACUGCCUGAGCAUGUUUUGCAAUAACAAUUUCUGUAAGACUCUAGGCUGUUUAAACUCGUGCUUUCAGUUAAUAUGUAGUAAUUUCUUUGUAUACGUUUUGUGCUUCUGAGCUAGAUAUGUCCGUAGUCGUAAGGUUCUUAUAAAGAGAAGAAUAGCAAGUUGAAGACUUGGUUACUUUCUUCUGCCCCACCUGCUGUGGGACACAGAAGCAGAUUUAUACAUAAAUACUGUAUGCGAAUUUAAUAUUUGAUCAGAAGUAUGAUCCUUGUACUUACAUUAAAAUUGGAAUUGGAUUCAGCCUGACUUUGAGCACCACUGAGUUCCAGGCUCUAUGCAGUGCGCCCACAAAAUAUGAGGCCUCGGCAGGAUUUUCAUAGGCUCGAGGAAUCCGUUGAGCAUCUAUUUUUAUCACGUUGCUGAUCUCAACGCAAACUGUUGGAAAAGAUGUUAGUGCAAAAGGGGUACCUUUUGUAACUUGCCAUGUCUUCACUCCUGUAAGAUUUGAGGAAAGUAAAAAGCAAAUGUCAACCAAGUCCAGCGAAGAGCAAUAAAACAGGGAGCAACUUUUUGUAACUUUUUCAACUUGGGUUUUUCAGUAUUCGGUAGAGCUUUAUGAAAGGUAAGUAAUGCACAUUUCUGGAGCUGUGACGAGUUCGGUAGGAAUUUGGGAGGGAAAGUCACUCUGAAUUGUAGACAAUUACAGACAACCUUGUUUUAAGUACCAGUACCUAAGCACCUGCUGAAGCAGCUGACCUCUCUCUCUCUGCUGAUACUCUUUGGGGGUGCCCGCCUGACUCACACUGACCCCGCCCUCAUUCCUACAAAAUCAGUCUGAAGUGACUUUUUAUGACAUGAACCAAAAGGACCUUGACGAAAGUACUACCAGACUGUUCUAAUUAACUCAUGAUCAUGCGUCCUCAGCAUGUUUGCAAAAUACCCCUACAUCCGGGAGAAUUUUUCUUUAGCAAACCUUUGGUCAUUUUGUGAAUUCUCUCAAAAUGGAAUCCUCAACUAAUGGAGCUAAAAGACUCCCUCGUUUCUAUAGUGAGGAAUUACUCAGGCCUUCUGGACCAGGGCCUUUUCAUGCUUCCCAACAUCCUUCCAAAGGAUAAACACCAUCCCUGCUUUUAGCAACUAUAAUAAACCCAGAAAUAGAGGGCAUUUCUAUCAAUGAGUAACUGAUAAUAAGCUUUAAAUGAUGGAGGGCAGUGAUUAUUAUGAAAUAGGUACAUGCUGACCACUUCUAUGGACUAGGCAAGACUUCUGUCCUUUGGCUGGAACUGUAAGUGGGAGUAAAUCUCAGCGAAACCCUCAAGGUUCCAAACUUAAAGAUGCACACUAAUAAUUACCUCAUGAGGCCCCUCAUAGAUAAGCCCUGUGGGUACUAAAAAGGCCUCUCUGCUGGGGCAGGGUUGGGAAUGGCUGGGAGUAAGAAGUAUGGUAUUCUGUGGGUUUGGGGCAGGUGGAAAUGGCCGUGGCGUAGCGAGUGUUGGAGGAAUCCAUAUAAGCAAAAGCCAGACCUUCAUGCUCAGGGAGGAAGAAGUUCAUCUGCUUGCCUGUCAGGGUAGUGAGUAUUUCUGCCUUAGUAACUGUAUGCAACCAAAUUAUUUCCUCAGUAUGUUCCCCUCAAACCGCCUGCUCUGGUACAGUGAGGGUGUCCGAACUCACCUGGAAAAUUAAGCCCCUUGCCCAAGGGUGGUAGUGCACCCACUCCCCCAACCCCAGGCACUGCUGAGACACGUACACCAUUGCUGCUUAGUUGUACCCUGUGUUCGUGAGCACAGGCUGGGGCAGCUGGGCCCUCUGGGCCUUUGGUGGGCAGGCAAGGUGCCUAGAAAAAGCCGGCUUAAGUUCAGCUCAGAGAAAGCUGGGAAUUGCCAAGGAGCAGAUGGGAUUGUGGUGACCGGCAUUUCCCCGACUUCAGGUAUCUGAGUCCCCCAUCUUGAAUGUGUCUUCAGGCUCACCCCCUAGAUGGCCUCUGCCUAGUCACAGUAAGAGUCCUGCCCACGAUGCAACUCGUGGAAAGGCCCUAGCUAAACAGCGCCAUGGGCUUCCACACUGUGUAGCUCUGAGCACCCGGCCGGCCUGGUGUGCUCACCAGAACCCAGUGGGCUCCACCCACACCUUGGGUUUCCUCCUCUUGACAGAGAGCAGCCUUUUGUUCCUUCUAAUGACAGAGCCACUGGUUUAGCAAAUGUUUGCCCAUUCCGAAGUCUUAAUGUCUACUAUGCCAGGCUCUGUUUACAGUGCAGGGACACGGGAAAUAAGACAAACUUCUGGGCCGCCUGGAGCUUCCAUCCUACUGAGGAGGAGAUAGAAGUUGGAGCUCCAUCUAUAAUUGCUGGUACUUUUUGACUCAAGAUAGCCUUUUGAGCCUAUGAUUUAACACCCUUUCCUUACAGAGCCCUGCAGGGGGUCACUAAGCUUUCCUGACCCAUAAAGGAGACCCACAGGGUAG